AUGAAGCUGGUGACGCAACUGGCAGGCAUGACCGUGGCUGCCGCACUGAUGGCGGCAGGCUCUCUCUGUAUCAAUGCGUCCAAGGUCGAUGGGAAGAUGCUGUACUCGAGCGCCACCGUUAUGUUUCUCGUUGAAGUGCUCAAAGGACUUGUGUGUGUCGGCGUCGUCUGUGUAGCCCUUCCCCGACCUACGACGCUAUGGAUCGGGUGGCGCGAGACGCUGUACUUUGCAGCGCCCGCCCUUCUGUACACGAUCGACAACAAUCUCGUGUUCGUCAUCCUCCGGUUUAUUGACCCCGCUACGCUAUCCAUUCUGUGGAACCUCAAAAUCUUCACCACGGCGGUGCUUUUCCGCGUCAUCCUCCGGCGGUCCAUCAGUCAUCUGCAGGUCGUAUCCCUCGUGCUGCUCAUGCUUGGCGUCGCCACGACCCAAUCCAAGCACAACAUCCAACCGAGCAUGCUUCAGCGCCACGGCAACGGCACCACGUCAGGUGCCACUUCCAUCCCCACGACCAACCACUCGUUACAUGACGAUCCGUCAAAAGCCCUCAUGGGAAUGGGUCUCGUGUCUAUCGCAUGCCUGAUCUCGUCGUUCGCGGGGAUCGCGACGGAGUACGCGUUGAAGAAGAACCCCGGCACGCCGUUCGUGCUCCAGAAUAUCUACCUCGCGGGCUUCUCCAUGGCGUUCAACGGCCUUGCCGCCAUCGCCCAACUCGACUCGGCAAACGACUUCUUCACCGGGUACAACACAUGGACAUGGGUCGUCAUGGUGAUCCAAGUCGCGGCGGGGUUGUGCAUGGGCCUCAUCCUCAAGUUCCUCGACAACAUCGCAUGCGUGUUCAGCCAUGCCAUGGGGAUGCUCUUCACGACACUCGUCUCGAUCGUCUUCUUCUCGUUCGAUCCGUCCCUGGAAUUUGCAUGCGGACUGAGCGUAUGCAUCGUCUCCAUCUACCUCUAUCACGUGCCGUCCGCAGGAACUGACCCGGCGCCCUGUCAUGGAGAACGAGACAACCCUACUGCCGCCAUCGAAGAGUAUCAAAAGGUCGCCAGGAUGAGUCCCAUUGCUGUGGAUAUGGCUCCCCAAAGUCCAAGUGAGACCCAAGACGACGAAGACGACGAAGACCUCGCUAUCAAAACGUCUGCUUGA